UGUCUGCGGCAGGAGUUGGAGAGGGAAGCGGCGGACGCGGAGAGGCGAGGAUGCUCGGCGGACAGGGCGAGAGAUGAGCCGCGGCGAUGGGGUGUCCUGAGACUACUGGCAGAGAAGAGGAGCCCUCCCUGGCAUAGCUACCUCUUCUCCCCUCCUUCACUUCACUGAUCCCCUUACCCUCUUUUUUUAACCCGUUGGCCAUUUGUUUUUACUUUCUCUACCCUCACAUCCUACGCCCCGUUUCACCAUGACAACCUCCGCCCUGCGUCGACAGGUGAAGAAUAUUGUGCACAACUAUUCAGAAGCAGAGAUCAAGGUACGCGAGGCCACUUCCAACGAUCCAUGGGGCCCGUCGUCAUCUCUCAUGUCAGAGAUUGCUGACCUGACCUUCAACGUUGUGGCGUUCGCUGAAGUCAUGGGGAUGGUGUGGAAACGGCUCAAUGACAGCGGCAAGAACUGGAGACAUGUUUACAAGGCCCUGACUCUGCUGGAUUACCUGCUGAAGACUGGAUCAGAGAGGGUAGCCCAACAGUGCCGGGAAAAUGCAUUCACCAUUCAGACCCUGCGGGACUUCCAGUACAUGGACCGUGAUGGCCGGGACCAGGGGGCGAACGUUCGGGAAAAAGCGCGCCAGCUGGUGUGUCUGCUGCGGGACGAGGAGCGCCUGCGCCAGGAGAGGAGUCAGGCCCUGAAGACCAAGGAGCGAAUGGCUGGGGGAGGCACCGGAGGUGGCACGGGGGGUGGCAGCGGGGGCGGCGUGUACGGAGGUAUUCCUCCAUCCUAUCACCCCGGCAGACGCACAAGUCAGCCCAGCAUGGCUGUCCUGUACGGGGAGGAAUUCAGCCGCUCCAGAGGCUCGCCGUGCUCCUUCAACUCCUCGGCUUCGUCUCCCCGCGCCGCCUCCGACCUGGAGCAGGCCCGGCCUCAGACCAGCGGGGAGGAGGAGCUGCAGCUUCAGCUGGCAUUAGCUAUGAGCAGAGAGGAGAGUCAGAAGGAGCAGCGCUGUCGCCAAGGAGACGACUCCCUGUUACAGAAAGCCCUGGAUGAGAGCCGGAGAGAGAGCCAGUCAGGGACACACGAGUCUGCCAUGUUGGACCUGGUGGACAUAUUUGGAUCGUCAUCAGAGCCGCAGCCUCCCCCCAGUGACCCUUGGACAUCAGCUCAGCCUGCCUGUAAUGACACCUCCAACCCCUGGGAUUCUGUAGCAGUUCAGUCCAGCACUCCUGUGGUUAAUAGUCCCUGGGUGGCUCCGUCCUCUUCCUCUAACACAUCUAAUCCUUGGGCUCCAUGUACCAACUCACACUCAGACCCUUGGGAAGCAGCACCUGCACCCUCCAGUCCUCUUAAUAAUGCGUGGGAGAGCCCAACAGAUGGCGACCUUGAGGGGACUGAUCCGUUCACUGCACAGGAGGAGGAGAAACUUCAGCAGGAGGCUCCCAAAGCAUCCUUCCCUGAGCCAGCCAGCCCAACAGAUGCAGAGAUGUUUGCGGAAAAAACAGAGUCUGAACUGUUUCCCGAACAAGACUCCAACUCAGAUCCGUUUAAAGCGGAUCCACCGGCGAAACACCAGGUGAACGGACGCAAGUCGACCAGUCCGGAGAUGUUUGACCUCUCCUGCUUGGCGCCGCCUCUCGGCGCCCCGCCUGCUCGCAUGUGCCGGACGCCGGAGGCCUUCCUCGGACCCACGGGGGCCUCGCUGGUCAACUUAGACACUCUGAUUCCCCCGAAGCCCCCGACCAAGAUGCAGAACAACCCCUUCCUGUCAGGUCUGAGUGCACCGUCUCCCACCAAUCCCUUCCACUGCGACCAACCGCGGCUGACCCUCAACCAAAUGAGACCCUCCUCUACGUCUCCGCUGCCCCCACACCUGCUGCCCUACAGCCCGUCGCUGCCUCUCCCUCUGCUCCACCAGCCGCCCGUCCUGCCCUCCUCCCUCACACAGCCUCCUUCUGGACUCCUGGACCUCCCCUCUAACCUCCCGCAGCCCCUGCUGCCCCUCUCUCCGCGACUAGCACCUCACGCUCAGACACAAACACACAGCCACAACCCUUUCCUCUGAGACCGCCCUGUCACAGGAAAAUGGACUCUUAAGGGAAUGAUGUACGCCAGCUACAGUGAAACUAGUGCAAAAGAGUGUGAACUGAUGUGUGGUCUGAUGUCAUUAACUCAACGUGGAUGUGAUAGAUCCGUACGAUGAAUCUGUGUCUAAAGACACGUCAGCUGCUAUGAAACCGGAACUCACUCAUUCAUUGCGCUCAAGCGUGCCUCAGGAUGCAUAAAACACAAUGACGGACACAGCGACAACCUGACUGUAUGUGAAAAGUCUGUUUGAUGGUUUUUGUCCUCCUACCGACCGUGACAGCUCCCAGCCCCCGCUGACCACACCGACAGAACGCUCCCUUGGAUGAAGCGACACACUCUGAUUGUUCCCCCUAGCUUCACUGGGAUCCUUACUGCUGCUUCACCGACAAAAGCAUGAAUGCCUUUUACUCACAGGACUCCAAACUGGGAUGUUCUCCCAAGAACUGGAGAUGAGCUCCUCCUAUGAAUACUUUUUGAUUGGAUUAUUUAAACGGUAGGUUAAGCUUUAUGUUAGUGGAGAAGGCCCCAAACUGUGAGAUAUUAGAGAGCACAGAGCACAAACUGAUGACUAAUAGACUCCUUUCUUUACAUAGGUUACGACUUACAACGACAAGGUAUUUGCCCUUAUCACAGAUUUCUUCAGUUUUUGCUUUUUUUUUGUCAGACUCUGAAUGUUUCGGAUAAUUAAACAACCUUUAAUAUUAGCUAAAAAUAAAUUUAAUAAAUACAGAAAAAAGUAUUUAAAUUUCAAAAAGUAAUGGCUCCUUCAACCCUCCCUAAGCUGCUACCUUGGCAGCUGCAUUUGCAAUCGAAAUGUUUUUGAUUUCUGGCAAUGUGUGUUUUAUCUCACUUAGGAGGAAUUUUGCCACUUGACUCCUUUGAAUAAAUAUUUGAGUUCAGCCAAUUUAGUAACCUGGCAAGCCAGACCGACAAUGUGUUGCACUCUACGUUCUGCACACCUAUCAGUCUGGUCCAGCUCUCAUGAGAAGGGUAUAACUGCAGCUGCAACCGCCAGAAAACACGUACCCUGUAAAUACACCUCCCCCUGUCCAAUAACCCUAACCCUAAAAUCAGUGGCUGUGAUGCAUGUAAGGGGCCGUGUUGUGUUUGGUGGGGGGGUUACAGUCUCCAUGGCUGCAAUUAUCUGUGACUGGCUCCCAUUGAAUCCGUUUUAGCAAAGGAGGGAUGUUCAGCAGAACUUUCCGAGCUGAUUGGGGGAACAGCGCCUAUUGCCCGCCUACCAAAGGCUGUUUUUAGCCAAUCACAGUAUCAAAUCAAAAUGUAAGCAGCAGGCGCCAUUAGAAACCACAACAAGCUAUGCUGGUCCAGGCACUUCUUGCUGUUCUUCUUUCAAAGGUGAUUUUGUGGAUUCUGGCCAAACAGAUGUGAUAGCGGCAGCUGCGGGUGUGUCCUCCUGCGCUGCCAUGUUUAUUUUCAUUCAGCUGUGGCCUCAGCAGCUCUUGCUUUUAUCAAAGCAGCCUUAAACAAUAAUACUGCAACAUGAUUGGCCGACCCAUUCUGGUUUGGUUCUCGAACAGUGGAGGUGGGAGUGGGACAAGACCAGCAAGAAUUCAGCUUGCAGGCAAUGUUACAAAUUGGAGAGUUUUCAAGCAUUAAUGGUCAGUUUAAGAUCACACUACAGAAAAAGACCAAUUGAAUAAAACAUUCUAGUGAUUUUUUCAUUUUCUUGAAAAAUUCGAUUCCAACGGUCUGACAGUAAUCAGGCUUGGGAGUUACUAUUGAGGUUAAACCAAAAACAUCUAAAUCGAUCAGUACAUUUCAGGUCUGGUUGGUAUGAGUAGCUUUUUUCCCUAAAUAAAUGAAGUAAUUAUUUGAAAACUGCAUUUUUUAUUUACUCUGAUCAUCUGGGCCUGAAAUUAGAAGUUGUCCAGUGAACAUUUAAGACCUCAAAAACUGCAACAACAAAAUACAAACAGAAGAAAUCUGUAAGGGUUCAAAUACGUUUUCAUAGUAAUUUGAAAUCUCCAUUACCUUUAUAUUCUGCACUUUUAUGAGCAUCUGAUUCUAAGACACUUCAGUUUUAUGUCAUGUAGGGCAAAUGACCCAUUCAGGAUCUGGAGUACACCAGCCUACGAUUGAUGUUGCUACCUAAAUGUGGACCUGCUUAGAUCUUUGAUUGUAUCCGUGCCUGUUUCCACCAACGGCUCAAAAUGCAUUCCCUAAAACCACUGUGUAGAACCUUUGGAAAAACCUUAUGUCACUUCUUUAUUAUGGUUCAUGAUUAACUCAUCAAACUGACAGAGUUUUAGUACAGAAAAGAAAUACAGGCAGAUCAGAUUGUUUUAGAUGGAAAUGUCUGAUGAGAAAACAGGUAAAAGGAGAAACGAGAGAAGAAUGAUACAAGUGAUAACAGGUAUAAAGCUCUUCGUUUGACAAUAUGAGGAUCUGAGAAAAUUCACACGAUGAAACACUUCAUCACCGCACUGAACCUGGACUUGAAUGUGCAACGCCUAUCUAUAAACACCUACAGGCUUGGUACAUAUGUAUUUAUUGACAAUAAAUAUAUUGCUGUAUUAUGAAAUAUGAUACCAAUAAACGGCUAGUGUUUACAUUUAAA